AAGACUCCAGCCAACCAGUCUGGUCGCGAUCGAGGUCGGGAGACAACUAGACGAUGCAUCGCCUUCUCUCCCUCGUCUUCUCCGCCUUCACCUUCCUCCUCGCCGUCGCCGGAGCAAUCGAAUCGCCUCAGUACACUGUUAUUCACUCGGAGUCCGACUUCGAGGUGCGGCUGUACAGGAAGUCGGUGUGGAUGUCUGCUCCCACCGAUCAGAUUUCCUUCGAGAAGGCCACCAGGCUUGGAUUCCACAGAUUAUUUCAAUACAUUCAAGGAGCAAAUCUCAACUCCUCAAGGAUCAGAAUGACUGCUCCUGUAGUCACUAGCAUUGUUCCAUAUGCUGGUCCUCUUCAUUCUUCCGCCUACUAUGUUCGCUUCUACCUCCCACUAAAAUUCCAGGGAUCCCCUCCGGUUCCCCUGCCCGAGCUACACCUUCAUUACGAUGAAUGGGAUAGUCAUUGCAUCGCUGUGCGAAAAUUCUCCGGCUUUGCUCGUGAUAACAAUGUCAUCAAAGAAGCAGAGAAGCUUGCCGUCAGCUUGAACCAAACUUCUUGGGGUGAGUUCACUUCUGCUGAUACAGACGCUUACUCCAUUGCACAAUAUGAUUCACCGUUUCAUUUUGUCGGUCGCACCAAUGAGGUUUGGGUCAAUAUUGGAGCUGAAGCACCUGGUUGUGAAUCGAACCAUGCCUAUGCAUACUAAUUCCUGAACAACUCAUGCUCAACCAUGAUGUUUCCGUGUUUGUACAAUAUAAUCUGUGUACAUGAGCUUUACUAUGACAAACUCUCAUUUGGCUGGGAGCCAAAGAAAUAAUAUCUCGAUGUUGUGCAAUCAACUAAUUGUUAUAGGAUCUCAUGUAACCAUGACUCUUGUGUUCAUGAUGUUGUGUCAAGAAGCAACGAGUUUUAAUGUUGCUAACUGUCUUGUAUUAUGAUUUUCUGUUAUUAGAAAUCUGGAAUGGCUUAUCAGAUACAA